AUGCAAGCUCAAUCACAGUCUAGUACGGAAGCCUGGAUUAUUUCAACCCCGGUACGGUACGAAGAAAAUGCGGUUCAGUUUUCAACAACAAUUAAGGUUGAUAAGCGAGAUAAUACCGAAACCAUAACGAGAGAAAAUUGUUCGCUGAGAAAAAGAACAAGCACAGAGGAUAAUCGCUUCUCAACAAAGGCACGUUCAAGAGUUGAUACGGGAGAUUAUUCGUUUGUUGAUGAGAUAGAAAUAGGCGAAACGACGAUUGUGUCCUCGCUAGGCGAGCCUGUGGAAGUAAAGAUGGAAUAUAUUUCAAGCGAUGAAACUUCUGUCGAACAGAAUAUUCAACAUGGAAACAUAUCUUCCAUUAGUGAAGAACAAAACAAAUCACAUCCGGCUGUAGCAAACAUGGAGAAUGAAAAGCUCCCCUUCAAGUGUGACUACUGUGAAUCGUCAUUCUCCAACACCCGUCAGCUUAGCAAUCACCGGCGAAACCAUCAGCUGCAAGAGUGUCCGGUUUGUAGGAAAACGAUCAUAUUUCGAUACCUCAAGGAACAUAUUGCGCUAAACCACCCGAAAGCGGGUAUGCUAUCCGACAAACGACUCUACAAAUGUAAUCAAUGCGAUAAGAUUUUCCACUGCAAAACGCUUCUAAUCGAUCACCAGCGCAACCAUAAAUCGAAAGAGUGUCCCGUCUGCAAGCAGAUGAUAAAACUGCGCGUACUGAACAUGCAUAUGGCGCGCAAACAUUCCGCGCACGUGCCACUGUCCGAGCGGCAUGCAUUUGAAUGUGAUCAGUGCGAUAAAUCGUUUGUGUCGAAACCGCAAUUGGUUGAUCAUCAGCGUGAUCAUAUGGUAAAACACUGUCCGGUGUGCGGUACAAAGUUAUUGGCACGGUGUUUGAAGAAGCACAUGGCAAGGAAACAUCCAUCCGGUGGGGGAAACGAUAAUUUGGUGCGCCUGUACAAAUGCGAAUGGUGUGAGAAAUCUUAUGCUAACAAAAGUUCGCUCGUAUUGCAUCAAGCGAAUCACGAACAGAUGGUUAGAAGUGGUGAACGAACUUGA